AUGUGCACCGCAACAGGAAUAUCAAGAUCGAAAAUGGUAAAGAGACCAAUCCACAAUACCUUAAAGGUAUGUGCCACAAACGAGAAAAGUAAGCCUACAACUGGUGCUGCGAGUGCAACAAACUUCGCCGAGAGGUGCACCACCAACUUGGAAACGAGAAGUUCUUCGCGGUUUGAUGCUGUCACCUUCGUUGGAAGGAACACAAUGGCACCAACUCUGCCCUGUAAGGAACGCCACUAUACGGCCCGAAGUAUGGAUCGUCACUACAUGGUUCAAAGUCUAGAUAGGCUGCUCCGCGAAGAGACAGCAUCCCCAGAGCCCCUCAACAAGCCUAGAAGAUGGUGCUCGCUAUGCACAGGAUCGCCAUUUGAUCAAAUGUUCGCAGAAUCAGCACCUAGCGAGCCUCUGACUAUGCCAAGAAGGUCAAUGUAG